AUGGAGCACAGUCUUGCCUCCAUCCAGCACCUCUCAUCUGCUGACCAGCGCCUGUUCAUCGAGUACAGCUUCGGCAAUCGAUCUACCCCCGCUUUUCGAUGCGUUCACCAUGCUUUCGAGCACCAUGCCCGCUCGCAGCCUGACGCAGUCGCAGUGGAACACCUUGCUGAGACUAUCACCUAUUCCCAUCUUGACCACUGUGCGGACAAUCUUGCUCGCCGUCUACGUGCCAUGGGUGUUGUCCCUGGUGCUCGUGUCUGUCUUGUUGCACAGCGCUCCAUCCAGAUGGUGAUUGGUAUCCUUGCUGUACUCAAAGCUGGCGGCGCCUAUGUCCCCCUUGAUGGUGGGAUAGUUACACAGUCAACUCUAGAACAUGUUAUCCGAGACUCUGAAUGCGUCCUCGUUCUUGCUUUGGACGAGUACCGCCAUCGUGUGCAAGGUAUUCCGGUUCUCAGUCUAGACGACACCGCUUCUAGGCACUCUGAAGGCACUGGCGCUGGCGCAAAGCUCGAAGAUUUAUCCUGCCCCUCUGACAGUGCCUACAUCAUCUAUACAUCUGGUACCACUGGAAAACCGAAGGGAGUCGACGUUAUGCACUCGAAUGUAACAAAUCUCGUCUGUCUGUCUCCCGGGAACGUGGAGAUGCGUCCUGGUCGACGCGUCUCUCAACUCAUGAAUAUAGCCUUUGAUAUGGCGGCUUGGGAGAUUCUCGGGUCGAUGUGCAACGGUUGCACCCUUUGUAUCAGAGGCAAAACAUCGAAGGAUUGGCGGGCUCUGAUGAAGACAGUCGACGUGGUAAUCGCUACCCCGUCGAUGAUGGUGCCUCACAAUCCGCUUGACUACUCGAACAUCCGGGCCGUGGCCACGGCAGGCGAAGUUUGCCCGCAAGCCUUGGCGGAUGCUUGGGCAAGGAACGGCCACUUUUACAACAGUUGCGGUCCUACGGAGAUCACCAUCGUCAACACCGUUCAGCCUCAUGUUUACUCAACGCCACUGAGCAUCGGCAAGCCGACGCCCAACAACAACGUUUAUAUUUUGGACGAGAGCAUGCAGCCUCUCCCUAUCGGGGAAAGCGGGAUCAUGUGGGCCGGUGGAGCUGGCAUCUCUCGUGGUUAUAUCAAUUUGCCAGAGAAAACCGCCGAACGGUACAAGCUCGAUCCUUUUACCAACGACAGGAAAUACAUGUUCAACACUGGAGAUCUAGGCCGCUGGCGUCCUGAUGGAACUUUAGAACAUCUUGGCCGAGUUGAUGACCAAGUCAAAGUCAAAGGUUUCCGCGUGGAACUCGAUGGUGUCGCGGCUGCCAUGGAGACAUGUCCAGAAGUGAAGGUUGCCACCGCUCUCUUGAUAGGCACAGAACUCUGGGGCUUUGUGACUCCUGCCGAUGUGGAUGUUAGCACAGUAAAAGCUGCCACUGCACAGGUCCAGCCAUACUACGCGGUCCCCACGCGAUACCUAGUUCUACCCGAAUUUCCGCACACAGGCAACGGGAAGACAGAUAAGCGGGCUCUCCGACAACUUGCGCUCGACAAAAUCGCCAGCGAAAAAACUAUCGACGGACCCUCCGGCGAGAACACUAUAUCCGCUGGUACUUCUCAUAUGUCCUCUACAGACGUGUCACCGUCUGUCAUCGAGAAAGGAAACGCUUGGGAUGGUUACUUGGACGAUGACAUUCCCAACAAGACUCAAGGGAAGCUCGUCCGGAAUCUCAGGCAUUCUAUCUUCUCCCUUUAUCGUCGUCUCUUCGGCGUCGUUUUCAUCGCCAACAUGGCAAUCUUCAUUGCAACCCUCGUCCGUGGCGAGGCCAAUGCCCAACACUUGGGUCUCAUCGUAGUCGCAAAUUUGUUCUGCGCGAUCCUAAUGCGGCAAGACUAUGUCAUCAACACAUUCUUCAACGUCUUUUGUGCCGUACCUUCAUCAUGGCCUAUGGCUAUCCGCCGAGUCUGUGCCAGAGUCUAUUCUAUUGGUGGAUUGCAUUCAGGAUGUGCGAUCUCAGGCGUAGUUUGGUUGAUCCUCUUCACUGUUCAAGCCACUCGAGAAGUUGUGAAUGGCGGCCCGACAUCUGUUGCUACCCUAGUCAUAACUUAUUGGAUCUUGCUCCUACUACUCUCAAUAGUCGGUCUCGCAUAUCCGAGAUUCAGAGUCUUGUACCACGACCGAUUCGAGGUCACUCAUCGUUUCCUAGGAUGGACCGCAACUGCUCUUGUCUGGUGUCAGGUCAUCUUGCUUACCAACGACUAUCGCCCCGAGGGUCAGACACUAGGAAACGCGUUGGCUCAUGCUCCUCCGUUCUGGUUGGUCCUGAUCAUGAGUAUCUCGAUCAUUCUUCCUUGGCUCCGUCUUCGUGAAGUGCCAGUUCAUGCCGAAGUUCUUUCUUCUCACGCUGUGAGGUUGUACUUCGACUAUACAACGCCUGUGGCGGGAAGCUUCACCCGAAUCUCAGAUAACCCGCUCAUGGAAUGGCAUGGCUUCGCGACGAUUCCAGAGCCGGGUCAAAAAGGAUUUUCUCUCGUGGUCUCCAAGGCCGGAGACUGGACGUCCAAACAAAUCACUGAGCCUCCGAAAAAAAUAUGGGUCCGCGGCGCACCGACCUUUGGUGUUCUCCGCAUCGUGCCCUUGUUCCGCCGUGUCGUCCUCGUGGCGACUGGAAGCGGUAUAGGACCUUGUACACCCUGUAUUUUGGAACAGCGAAUCCCCAUCCGCCUACUUUGGACAUCUCCAAAUGUUCGACAGACUUUUGGAGAUAAGCUUGUAGACCAGAUUCUUGGAGCAUCGCCAGGUGCUGUUGUCUAUGACACGCGUACCAACGGCAAACCGGAUAUGGUGAAAUUGACGUACCGACUGGUGCGCGAAUUCAACGCGGAGGCGGUGUGCAUCAUUUCCAACCAAAAGCUGACGCAAAAAGUUGUAUACGGCAUGAUGAGCAGAGGUAUUCCAGCUUUUGGUGCCAUUUGGGAUUCAUGAUCAAAGAAUGCCUUGUUUUUUAUCUACUACGCUGUAUUACUGUCAUCAUUUCCUGCUUAGAUGUAUCCUACCAGUUUGUAUUGUACAGUCUCUAUUGCCUUCACUGUUCCAGCUCGUUCCAACGGACUCGCCGACCUAUCUAUUACUUCAUGGGGUUUGACUCAAUUGGGACUAUUUCCAAAUGGGA